ACACACACACACACUGCUGGCGUGACCAGAAAAAAGGGCUGCUCGGUAACAGUGAAGCAAGGGACAGAUAGCAACCGAAGACGAAAACCGACCGAAAACAGUCUAAACAAGGCCGUGGCCGCGGUUCUGAGGAAAGAGAGAGAGAGAGAGAGAGAACAAAAGAGCAAGACCAAGCAAGAGAGACGCUGGGCUCCAACCAUGCCACUCUUUGGUAAAUCUCACAAGAGUCCCACGGAGAUUGUGAAGGCUCUGAAGGACAACCUGUCUAUCCUGGUGAAGCAGGACAAGAAGACAGAGAAGGCCUCAGAUGAGGUGUCUAAAUGUCUAGUGGCGAUGAAAGAGAUCCUGUACGGCACCAACGACAAGGAGCCACACACGGAGACAGUGGCCCAGUUGGCACAAGAGCUGUACAACAGCGGCCUUCUCAUCUCCCUGGUGGAGAACCUGCAGGUCAUCGACUUUGAGGGGAAGAAGGACGUGUGUCAGAUCUUCAACAACAUCCUACGCAGGCAGAUUGGCACCCGCAGCCCCACAGUGGAAUAUUUCUGCUCCCAUCAGGAAGUGCUCUUCAUCCUGCUGAAAGGGUACGAGACUCCUCAGGUGGCGCUGAACUGCGGCAUCAUGCUGCGCGAGUGCAUCCGGCACGAACCGCUCGCCAAAAUCAUCCUGCACUCGGAGCAUUUCAACGACUUCUUCAGCUACGUGGAAAUGUCAACGUUCGACAUCGCUUCUGAUGCAUUCGCCACCUUCAAGGACCUUCUCACAAGACACAAGGUUCUCGUGGCAGAAUUUUUAGAACAGAACUACGAUGCGGUCUUCGAGAACUAUGAGAAGCUACUGCACUCUGAAAACUAUGUGACAAAGAGGCAGUCACUGAAGCUGUUGGGUGAGCUCCUGCUGGACAGACACAACUUCACUGUGAUGACGAGGUACAUCAGUAAGCCGGAGAACCUCAAGCUCAUGAUGAACCUGUUGAGAGACAAAAGUCCCAAUAUCCAGUUUGAGGCGUUCCACGUCUUCAAGGUGUUUGUGGCUAACCCUAACAAAACGCAGCCCAUCAUAGACAUCCUUCUGAAGAACCAGACGAAGCUCAUCGACUUCCUUAGCAACUUCCAGAAGGACCGCACAGACGACGAGCAGUUUAACGACGAAAAGACGUACCUCAUUAAACAGAUACGAGACUUAAAGAAACCCGCCUCCUAAACCUUAGCUAGCGAUCGCGUUAUCAAGCACCUCAUCUUUUUACUGAGGAAAAACAAACAGGAAAAAAAA